GCCUUUAGAAAAGUGCAUAUUAUCGCUCGUCAGAUUUCUGUCACAACUGACUGCAAUACGCGACAGCUAUCAAUUUAUAUAUAUCUUUGUUGUCUAUUUAAUAUCUUAUAGUUGAAUAAAUCCAACAUGCCCCGUGGUGGAAAACGUGGUUCGCAUAAAGGUGCAAGACGACACUUUACAAAUCCAGAAGAGCUGGAACAUAAACGAAAACAGGAAGAAGAAGAAAGGAGCUGGAGAGAGCAAAGAGGGGAUAUUGAAGAGGAAGGAUCGAAUGAGUCUGAGGAGGAAAGCUCUGAUGAUGAUUCUAAGAAAAAGGGUGUUGAAGGUGUGAUUGAUGUUCAUAAUCCAAAUAGAGUAUCAGGUCGUCAGCAUAGAAAAGCAACCGAACUAAACGAAAUUGAUUCUACAAAACCACAACUCUCUCGAAGAGAGAGAGAAGAACUUGAAAAGCAGCAAGCGAGAUCACGCUAUGAAAAAUUACACGCUGAGGGAAAAACUGAUGAAGCUAGAGCUGAUCUUGCCAGAUUAGCCCUUAUUCGUAAGCAGAGAGAAGAAGCCGCUAAAAGGAGAGAAGAAGAGAAAAAAGCCAAGGAUGCUGCAUCUAAGGCAGCUGUUCAAGAAGAAAAGCUAAGGAGAGCAGGAAGGAAAAAUUAA